AUGUGGACCGCUCGAGGAGUUUUUGCCGUUUCUGAAAAGAUCCCCACAAAUGAAGCUGCUCAUGCUAUCGAGAAAAAAUUCGUGAAUGGAAUGUGCAUGGGAAGUGAGUAUCAUCCUGAUAGGAUCUACAAGUUCCAACGGAAGCAGUACGUCGUGCUUUCAAACUCCUUGCAGCCAGAUCAACACCUAACUGUGACAAUCACGAAGCUCGACUUGCAGGGUCUUCCUAAACAACUCAGAAAUAGCACACCUUGUGCCUUGGCAGCAACGUAUAGUCUGGCACCCUUCGGUAUUAAGAUCGGCACAGUGUCAAAAUCGGAAGAUGAUCGUAUGCAUGAGGUGCACUUGCACAGCCUCGUAAAUCCCACUCGAAGGGUCGUGACUCCGCGAUUGCACAAAAGGCCCGGUACGACGUCGGAGUCCAAAGAGGAAGACCGCACCUGCAUGUCGGCGCAACGCUCCAGGCCCUCGAACAAAAGCUUCGGGCAUCAAAUUGCAAUUCAAUCCUCCAAAGCGAAUCGAUCCGCCGCCAAGGUCGACCUGAAACAUCGCUCCAGUCGUCUAAUUGCAAUCAUUAAGAUGCCGAAUCGAAUUAGCUCUUUCAAAGCCCCAGGGACGACCGCGAAUCUGCAAAAGUUGGACGAGCACAGCAUAGGGAACGUGUUGACGAACGAAAAGAUGAUAACUGCGACGGUCAAUCAACUCGCCACUUCCGUCCAGGCUGACGAAUUCCCGGUCCGUUCCCUCCAAAUUGAAUUGCAUGAGCCUGGCCAUCGGCACCGGCAUUCGGCGUGGCGCUCGUCGAUUGCAUCCAGCUCGUCCUCGUUGAUGUUUUCGGGCAAGAGACUUGAUACUGUUUCCGAAGUCAGUCCGAUGGCGUCUCAGAGGCUGCCAUGCACAUCGAUGCUGGCAACUGCAUACUGUAAUAGAUUGGAUCAAUUUUGUGCGCAACUUCAAAACAAUUGCUCUUCCCUGCUCAGCAUUGCUAAGGUGAAGCCGAAACCAGAAUCACGAGGAUACAACUUUGCUAUUUUUCUGGAAGAUCUAAACGAUGAUAUAUCUUCUGCUCUGACCGAGCUGACACAUUUGGAGGAGAGAACAACUGACACUCUAUCAUUUGAGGAGCUUCUAGUACACUGCGAUGCCUUGUACGAGUCAAAUGAGGACGGCAUCAGAAAACUCGAACUCCAGUUGCAGCAGUAUGGAUACGCACCAGAUGUUCUACAUGAGACUACGUACCAGGAAAUGAGGACAAAUUCUCAUACACAAGACGAGGAAAUUUCUUCACACAAAUCUGCAGCUACUCCGGCCUUAAUGAACGUGAACGAGACAUCUAAGGUGACACCAACGGCGCUUUCAUACAACAUUAAGAAUGCCAAAAGAGAUGUUGAGUACAGUCCCUUAUUUGGUGAUCUAGGAGACCUUGAAAACCUGGAAAGCCUUGGUAUUUCUGCCACUAGUCUCACUGCACUAACUGGCCAAGACGAACCAGUUAGCUCUGUUCAUCCAUCUCUACAAAAGCUAACAUUCGUAGAGUCACCGACAAAUGAAGAUGCCAGGAUAAGCUUAAGGGAUGCUGAAAUGGAAGAUAAUCUGAACACAAAGUAUGGCAGUGACUGGUUCCCUGAAUCAAAAAAAAAGGCUCCACCACCGCCGAGUGAAUCGGAUUCCAGAUUAAUUUCAACGCAAAGAAAUGCCGAGGUCUGUUCCAACCCUCUUGUUCACAAUAAACCGAAAAGCGAGCAUGGUGAUGGAGCUACGAACGCAACACCAACCACUUCUACUCCCAUUAGAGAUGAAAAUUUUCAAAGUUUAGACACCAAGAAAGUUCCAUCUCUAAACGAAAUAAGUAGUGUGCAAUACGACCAUCUUCCUUUGUGGCUAAAGUCUCAGGUUUCUUUUGAGGAGGUCAAUGCUGCAGUCACCAAAAUCAAUGAGCUAAUUAGACAGCGUGGCACUCAGGGAGAACAUGCCAAUCAAUUUUUCCUUGAUCAAAAAGAUGUUCAAUCUCUUGAAUUAGGAAUUAUGGCACUUACAAAAGCAGAGAAGCUUGUCACUCAAUUUAUCAAUGGUGUGACCGCUUACCGAAUAUGCGUUCAGGAGCUUGUAUUACCUCCCUAAAAUAUCCCUUUUUCAGUCUGUAAAAAUUGAUAUUUCGAUCUGUAAAGAAUGCUUCCCACACUAUAUAAGUUACACUCCGAGAAAGUGUUUCAGACCU